AUGUCAGACAUAGACCAGGAAAUCCAUACGGAAGCAACAGUGCCCUCUAAUAACCAGGAAGUGGAUAAGGAUGUAGAAGCAUCCAGAGAAACGCAAGAAGGUCAGGACAGUGGAGAACUGCAAGAAGGACAUGAUGGGGAGGAAAUGCAUAGAGAAGAUACCACUGAAGCCAGCCCAGCAUAUGGUUCGGAGGAUGAAGAUAAGGUAAUUAGCUCGAUCAAGGCAAAGAAAAUUGCCAAUACUGAUGAGAGAUUCAACACACACAAGAAAUUGAUUAGAAGAUCCAAACCACAUGUGAGUAUUAAUAAUGAUGAUGAUGAUGAGAGUUACCCCAUCAGCAAUGACCAGCCAUCUCAAGAGUUCAAAGAUGAUCUUAACCCACAACAAAGAAGACGUUUGGAGUUGGAAGAAAAAAUGACGGCAGCUAUUAAAGUCAAGUCCAAUAGAAGAAGAAAAGCCGAUGAAGAUGACAUUGAAAGGAUGCAAGACGAUAAAAUUGAGCAUUUGAAGGAGCAAAUGAUUAAUGCGGCAAAUUUGGAUGUGGAAAAGAAUUCGCAAGGACAAAUUGCUACUGAGAAAUUGAAACUAUUGGAAGACGUGUUGAAUAUCUUAUCGAGGGCUGAUUUGGCGGAGUCCAUUUUAGAUAACAAUUUAUUGGAAGCAGUACGAUUAUGGUUGGAACCGUUACCCGAUGCCAGUAUGCCAGCUUAUCAAAUCCAAAAGGAACUAAUAAAUUCCUUGCAAGCAUUGCCCAUCAAGACUGAUCAUUUAGUAGCUUCGGGUAUUGGUAAAGUGCUUGUAUUUUACCAAAGAUCAAAAAGAACAGAACCGCUGUUGAAAAAGGUUGUUGACCGUUUAAUUGGUGAUUGGACAAGACCAAUCUUGAACAAGUCCGAUUCCUACAAGGACAGAUCAAUACAGUUUGGUGAAUACAACAAAGCAAGAUACUCGAAUAAAUUAUCCAGUGGUAAUAAACAAACAGCACCAAAGACGUUAUACGAACAAAAUGCCGAAAGAAGGAAAAGAGCUGCUAUUCCAACAGCUAGAACUGCUGCUUACAAGAUUGCUCCUAGAGUUGAUCCUAACUUGUUAGCCAGAGGUAGAGGUUCUGACGAAAGGUUCAAGAAGUUGAACCAAAAAUUGACCUCGAUGGGUACUAGAAGGAAAGUAACAAAGAAAGGUGGUCCAUCUAUAGAAGGUAGAGAUUUAAGUAUUUAG